CGGUGUCAUGGCGGGUUCUUACUCUGAAGAGGUGUCGGCGGCCCUUGGCGGAAAGAGGCAGCAGUUCGGUAGCCGGUUCUUGAAUGACCCGGGGCGCGUCUUCCACCACAAUGCCUGGGACAAUGUGGAGUGGUCGGAAGAGCAGGCCGCGGCUGCAGAGAAGAAAGUCCAGGAGAACAGUACCCAGCGGGUGUGCCAGGAGAAACAAGGUGCGCGCAGGUGGGCCGUCAGUGGUAUUAGCAGCCACCCUACUGCUGAACGCGCCCGCCCGAGAGUUGAUUAUGAAAUCAAUGCUCACAAAUACUGGAAUGAGUUCUACAAAGUUCACGAAAAUGGGUUUUUCAAAGAUAGACAUUGGCUUUUUACUGAAUUUCCUGAGCUGGCACCUAGUCAUUCAAAGGGUUUGCUCUUAGAGAACAAGAAGAGUGAAACACUUGAACCUAGAAGCAGGGAAGAUGGACCUGGUUUAAUAAUAGAAGGACCGCACAAGUGUUCUUUGAACAGCCUUGAACAUACAACACAGAUGCCUCCUGUGGAGGAGAACCUAACUCAGAAACUCAGUCACAUGGAAAUUUGUGCUGAUGAGUUUCCUGGAUCCUUAGCCACCUACCGAAUACUUGAGGUUGGUUGUGGUGUGGGAAAUACAGUCUUUCCAAUUUUACAAACUAACAAUGACCCAGGACUCUUUGUUUACUGUUGUGAUUUUUCUUCCACAGCUGUAGACCUAGUUCAGACAAAUUCAGAAUAUGAUCCUUCUCGGUGUUUUGCGUUUGUUCACGAUCUGUGUGAUGAAGAGAAGAGUUACCCAGUGCCCACGGACAGCCUUGAUAUCAUCAUUCUCAUAUUUGUUCUUUCAGCAAUUGUUCCAGACAAGAUGCAGAAGGUUAUCAACACGCUGAGCAGGCUUCUGAAGCCUGGAGGGAUGAUGCUUCUGCGAGAUUAUGGCCGCUAUGACAUGGCUCAGCUUCGGUUUAAAAAAGGUCAGUGUCUGUCUGGAAAUUUCUAUGUGAGAGGUGAUGGUACCAGAGUUUACUUCUUCACACAAGAUGAACUGGACACACUUUUCACUACUGCUGGACUGGAAAAGGUUCAGAACCUGGUGGACCGCCGAUUGCAAGUGAACAGAGGGAAACAACUGACAAUGUACCGAGUGUGGAUUCAGUGCAAAUACCGCAAGCCUCUUCUGUCCAGCACCACCUGAGAGAUACUGCUACUGACACAACAUGGGCUCAUUAUGUUGAGGGAGUCUGUUGUUUGAUUUUUGAGACAGUUUCACUCUUGUCUAGGCUGGCGGGCUAUGAUGCACUGAUAGCCCACUAUAACCAAAUUCUUGGGUUCAAGUGAUCCGUUUCCCUCAGCCCUCCAAGUAGCUGGGACUUAGAGGCAUGUGACCAUAGCUGGCUAAUUUAUUUUUUAAAUCUUUUAUGAAAACAAGUUCUAACUAUGUUGCCCAGGCUGGUCUUAAACUCCUGACCUCAAGCCAUCCUCCCACCUUGGCCUCCCAAAGUGCUAGAUUACAGGCAUGAGCCUCCAUACCCAGACUAGAGGCUGGGUGAAGUGGCUCACACCUGUAAUUCUAGCACUCUGGGAGGCAGAGGCAGGUGGAUUGUUGAGCUCAGGAGUUCAAGACCAGCCUGAGCAAAAAGCAAGACCCCAUUUCUACUAAAAAUAGAAAAACUGAGGAAAGAGGAUCACUUGAGCCCAAGAUUUGAGGUUGCUGUGAGCUAUGACACCACGGCACUCUACCCAGGGUGACAGCUUGAGACUGUCUCAAAAAAAAAAGAAAGAAAAGAAUUAUCUGUAUUAUCUACAGUGUGCCCCAUGGCAGUACAGACUUGUAGUACCAACUACUUCAUAGGCCAAGUACCAGCUACUCCCAUGAGCCCAGGAGUUCAAGUUCAGUUUGAACAAUAUAGUGAACCUGUAUCUCUUAAAAAUACAGUAAUAUAAAUAAAGAGAAAAGGAUAUCUGUAAAGUGUCUUGUUGAUAUUGGACAGUUCAGAAAGUCAGAGUCAAACCUUGAACCUAAGAAUAUUGCUUUUUAUCAGAAUUUUAACAAUUCUGCUUUGUAUUUGUGAAGCCCUUUUAAUGUAUACUUUCCCAAGUUCCUUUUGAGAUCUCAGUCUGUCUUGCCAUUUUGUAACUAAUAACUGAAAUGUUAUUCAUGGGAAUUAGGAAUUUCAAAAAUACCAUUUGGAAAUAGUAUCUAAAGAAAAAAUUUUCCAUAAAAAGAACUAAAAAUAAGAAUUUAUUGUCAUGCAAAAAAGUUGUAGAUGAUGUGUUGUUAUUUGUAAGUUGUAUUAAGCUGUUUGGGAGUUUAAAUUACGUGGGUUGGGCAGUUAUCAUUGAUAAAUGUAAAAAUAAGUAAAGGGGCUGGGCGGGGUGACUCACGCCUGUAAUCCUAGCACUCUAGGAGGCCGAGGCCAGUGGAUUGCCUGAGCUUACAGGUUUGAGACCAGCCUGAGCCAGAACAAGACCUUGUCUCUAAAAAUAGCUAGGCGUUGUGGUGGGCACCUGUAGUCCCAGCUACUUGGGAGGCUGAGGCAAGAGUUUAAGGUUGCUGUGAGCUGUGAUUCUAAGGCACUCUAACAAGGACACAGUGAGACUCAGUCUCAACCACCACAACAAAAAAAAUAAAAUAAAGAAUAGAUAUCUUACUUUAAAUGAGCCACCAA